AUGGCCCUGGACAUCAAGCACCCUGGUCACCCCUUUCGUGUAUCCUCUCGUGCCAUCAACACUGCCGUUCUGGACGCGGGCUUCACCGGCACCCUCCAGGUGACUGGCAAGAGUACAACCAUUGUCGAGGGCACAACCACGACCACCACCACCACGACCACCACCACCAGUACCGCCGCGCCAACGACAACGACAACCACAUCGGACCCCCUGGGUGGAGGAGGUACCAGCGGCACCACGAAGGCGCAUUUUGCCGCCGCGAUGCUGGCGCUUCUCGCAGCGCUUCCCGCACUUGGCUGA